GCGCGCGCUCUCUACGACGCCGAGCCUCCAUUUGUGAGCAAGCAGAACGAUGAGAGCUCUCGCUCCUGUUGCCGCCGCCCAGUAACGAGAAACACUGAGAACCCGGAGAGUUCCUCGUUUACCAGACAAACCCAGGACCGUACCGAAAUCUCGGAGACAAACCCCAGAGAGACGGACACAAGCUCUCGUUUAGGAGUCGUUAUCUUACACCGUCGCUCGCGGGAUUUAAUGCUCUAGCUGUAGUCGCCGAGAGAGGGAGAGAGAGAGAGAGAGAGAGAGAGAGAGAGAGAGAGAGACAGACAGAGAGAGCCUAGGAGAAGGACAGGGAAGAAGAGGUAUCUUUUCGAAGGGGGAAAAACGGAUUGCUCGCUAUUUCCGCCGCACCUUUUCACUGUUUUGGAGCAGACGAAGAGCCGAGGUUGGUCUAGUCAUGGGAUGUACACUGAGCGCAGAGGAGAGAGCGGCUUUGGACAGGAGCAAAGCGAUCGAGAAGAACCUGAAGGAGGACGGAAUCACUGCGGCCAAGGAUGUGAAACUGCUCCUGCUAGGGGCUGGCGAGUCCGGGAAAAGCACCAUCGUCAAACAGAUGAAGAUUAUCCAUGAGGAUGGCUUCUCUGGAGAUGACGUGAAGCAGUAUAAGCCCGUGGUGUAUAGCAACACCAUCCAGUCUUUGGCUGCCAUUGUCCGUGCCAUGGAUACCCUCGGCCUGGAGUAUGGGGACAAGGAGCGCAAAGCUGAUGCGAAGAUGGUGUGUGAUGUCGUGAGUCGCAUGGAGGACACCGAGCCCUACUCUCCUGAGCUCCUGACCGCCAUGAUGCGCCUGUGGGCCGAUUCAGGCAUUCAGGAGUGCUUCAGCCGCGCCCGUGAGUACCAGCUCAACGACUCGGCCCAAUACUACCUAGAUAGUUUAGAUAGGAUUGGUGCUGCAGACUACCAGCCCACAGAGCAGGACAUUCUGAGAACCCGAGUGAAGACCACUGGAAUCGUAGAGACCCACUUCACCUUCAAGAACCUGCACUUCAGGCUGUUUGAUGUGGGAGGCCAAAGGUCAGAAAGGAAGAAGUGGAUCCACUGCUUUGAGGAUGUGACCGCCAUCAUCUUCUGUGUGGCUUUAAGUGGUUAUGACCAGGUGCUGCAUGAAGAUGAGACCACGAACCGCAUGCAUGAGUCCUUGAAGCUGUUUGACAGCAUCUGCAACAACAAAUGGUUCACAAACACCUCCAUCAUUCUUUUCCUUAACAAGAAGGACAUAUUUGAGGAGAAAAUAAAGAAAUCGCCUUUAACUAUCUGCUUCCCUGAGUACACAGGCCCUAACACUUAUGAUGAUGCAGCCGCUUACAUCCAAGCACAGUUCGAGAGCAAGAACCGCUCACCCAAUAAGGAGAUCUACUGUCACAUGACCUGUGCCACGGACACAGGGAACAUCCAGGUGGUGUUCGACGCGGUCACUGACAUCAUCAUUGCCAACAACCUGCGAGGCUGCGGCUUGUACUGAGGCCACUCUUACUCUCUCGAGCCAAUUCCUUUGGAAAUGAUUAUUAUCAAAAAUGCAAGUUGGUAAAUAAUAAUGAUGAUAAUUUUAAAAUAGGCAUAUAUAUAUAUAUAUAAAUACUAUACAUAAAAUGUUUUUAGUUUGUCAAAGAGCUGCCAACAGAACUGAUUUCUUAUAGAAACCCAGCCUUUAUGGUUUUAGAACAAAGUUGGGACCUUUUUUGUUUUCUUCUUUGCUGUUUAAUGUUUUGUUUUUCCCGUAUUUUCCACUGUCUUUUUUUGGUUUAAACUAAACCCUUAUUUUUGUUCUCAGAAAUAUCUUUCUUUUACUAUAUUUUUAUGUUUUUGUUUAUUGUGUGUAUAUUUAUUAUGUGUAUAUCAGUCAGGGGGGCUGAGUGAUGCACAUUUUGCCUGAGUAUACAAUGUUACGCUAAUGAUUAUGUAAUUAUUAUGUAUGCUAAUGAUGAGGUAAUGGGGAAAACAUCAACAACAAAAAAGCUGUAUCAAUGGCUUAGACAGUUAGUCGUGAGCACCAGGGAUAAAAGUCAGUCAAAGCCAAACUGCAGCUGUAGCGUGUUCCUGUACUUUGGGUUUUAAUUAGAUUGGGUUUUCACGGCAACAUUUGUUCUGUUUGCUGGUCAAUGUUAAAGAAGGUGAACCCCCAGGACUGCACCCUACACGCUUCCUUUUCUUGUUUUGUUGAGUAUUGUUUAGUCUAUGUGUUCUGUUACUGGCGUGUGCCAGCUGAAUUUGCUGUUGGUGUCUGGGGCCAUGCCGAGUAUGAUUUUGAGCCCCUUGACUAGUUCCUGAUUAUUAAAAAUUUUCAUAUCAGUGCCAACCUUGUGAAAACGAUGGGUCUGGGAAACUAGCAACACUAGUAAACUAUAAUGACAAGCUUAUUAACACUGUUGUAUAAGGAACUUCUACUUUUUUUUAUUAUUGUUUUAUUAAUUUAUUAAUUUAUUUAUUUAUCACCCACUAUUCCCACUAUCCCACCUUCCCUCAUUACUCUCUUUUCCUAGACGUCCUGAAUUAGUUUGUCUCCAGGCUGGGUAACAGAGUCAGUCCCCUCUGAAAGGUCCUGACACACACAGCAUGAUCCUUUUGGCCUUUGUAUAAAGAAACAGCUACCUGCUUCACUUAGGUAAAAUCAAAGAAUAAAUGAUUCAAAGAAAAACCCACAAAAGGCAAAAAAAAAAAAAGCAAAAAAAAGUAAAAAAUAAAAAAAGGAAAGAAAAUAAAAAAUAGCAACAAAGGGAGAGAAUUGUGUAAGCUGGGUUUGGGGGGAGGGGAGGGGAGGGGUGGUUUGGGACAAAUACCCUCAUAACCGACAAUAUGGUGCCGAAUGGAUGAUGGAAAUUGGGCUGCGUGUCUUUAUAAGAGGCUGUAGAUCCUCUGGUUCUAGAUUCUUUUCACAUAGACUUAAUCCAAAAUAAUAAUUGACAGUAAUAAACAGUGAUAAUGAAGAUAAUAUUAAAAAAAAUUCUGUAAUAUUAAAAGUAUAUCACUUGUGCUUUGUAGCUACAUAACAUUUUUCCUCCUCUCCAACCCCCCCCCCCCCCCCACCCCACACACACACAUUUUUUUUUAAAGAGAAAUGUAUUUCAAGGGUUCCUGCAAUUCACUCUUGAAGCACUCUUACUGACCAAUGUUGAUGUUGAACUGUACCAAUUCCCUUUUGCCUGUUUGUCCUCCAUUUCAGUAAUUAGCCAGAAAAAGAAAACAGUAUAUGUAUCUUUUUGUUUAUUUAUUUAUGGAUUUUUUAUUUUUUAUUUUUUUGAAGAAUCACUUUGUGGUGUGCAAGCCCAAAGGGGUGGAUGCACUAGGCUGUACAGACUUCAUGCGCUUUCUCUUCCUCAUGCAUUAUUUCUUUUGGGGGGGAAUUGUAUUCAAGAGAAAAAAAGAAAACUCUUUCCAGGUCUGCAUAGAAAAGCACAGCUCUCACUUGACACACGUAGAUUUGGAAUGAUGUACAUCACCUUCCUCUACCUGCCGCCUUAGUUUGACUAAUGGAAAAAGAAGAUGAAGGGGGAAAAAAACACUCAAGCCCUGUGUAUAAUAACAUGUACCAGUUAUGCUUUGGGAUAUUCUUUUCUCCACAUGCCCCUUCCCUAAUUUUCCUUUGGCCUUUCUUUUUACCCUCUUCCAGUGAAUGCUUUCUGUGCUGCUUAUUUCUCCCUCUACUUUAGUGAAUGGUUGUUCUUUCAUGUGGGAUGUUCGUGCUGGAAAACCAAUCGAAUGUAGUGUUUACAUUAAAAGCCACAGUUUUCAUGACUACAAA